AUGAACAUCUUUCGGCUCUCCGCGGACUUAGCACAUUUGGUCGCCAUUGUUAUUCUUCUUCACAAAAUAUGGAGGUCGAGAAGUUGCGAGGGGUUAUCUGGUCGAUCUCAGGUUUUGUUUGCCAUUGUAUUUGUUUCUCGUUAUUUGGAUCUGUUUACUAAUUUCAUCUCGGUGUACAACUCUGUAAUGAAAGUGAUGUGGACAUUCUCCAUCUAUCUCGAAUCUGUUGCAAUCAUGCCGCAACUGUUCAUGCUAUCUCGUACUGGAAAUGCAGAGACUAUCACUGCCCACUACUUGUUCGCCCUUGGAUCUUAUAGAGCUCUCUAUAUUGUGAACUGGAUCUUUAGGUACUAUACGGAGAAUUUCUUUGAUCCAAUCGCUGUUGUAGCUGGAAUUGUUCAGACAGUUUUGUACGCAGAUUUCUUCUAUCUCUACGUUACUAGAGUCCUUCAAUCAAAUCGCCAAUUUGAAAUGCCUGCCUAA